AUGUCGAGCAUUCCGGAGGAGAUUUACUUUGAAAUCCUUAUUAAAGUACCAGCAAAAUCCCUAUUAGCUUGUAAGUAUGUGUGCAAAACAUGGUAUUCACUUAUUUCUAAUCCUGAUUUUGUUAAGAUGCAACUUAAUCUUACUUUGGAAUACCCAUUCAAAUCCUUAAGUUAUUCAGCUACACUUAUGGGUUGCUGUGAUGGUCUGGUUUGCCUAUGGUUCGACAAGAGGCAGUUCUUUUGUGUUUGGAAUCCAGUCACAAGGGAGGACAAGGUACUACCAAAAUCAAAUAUGUGUUAUCCGUAUUAUCCUAGUAUGGUUGCAUUUGGUUAUGAUUAUAAGAGUAACGAAUACAAGUUACUAGUUGCUUCCGAGAGUUUAUUCGAAGUCUUUUUAUUACGAACAAAUUCAUGGAAAAGAAUUGAAAUCGUACCUUAUGAGUUGCGUAUGUGCAGUAAAGCAUCCGGGCUGCUUGUUAAUGGAGAUCUUCAUUGGUUAGCUGAAAGGACGCAAGACUCUUCCGAUGUUCUAGUGUCUAUAGAUAUUAGCAAAGAGACUUUCAAAGAGUUGGAACUACCAGAAACUUUAGAGAAUAACGUUUUGCUUAUUAAUUUGGGGGUGUUGGAAGGGCUUAUAUUGUCUUUUAAGGGUGGUGAGAUUCUAUUUGGGAGUGAGUUUGGUCUACUUCUAUAUGACCCUGAAUGUGGAAGAGUUAAAGAGCUAAACAUAUCUAGUUUGACAAGUUUGUACCAAGAUGAGCUUUAUUUUGAAAGCUUAGUUUCACUCAAGUCGAAUACUUAUGUAGGGAGGGAAGAACAAAUAGAGGAACGUAAUAAGAAGAAUAAGAAGAAGAAGAUGAGGAAGAGAGCAUGA